AUGGAGGAGGUGGGUGCUGGGGCGCCGCUAGCCGUGGGCGAUGGAGGACGACCGGUGGGCCAGAGUGGGGCGGAAGGCGUCUCGGCGUGUCAGGAGAAAAUAAAUAAAUAUUUUCUUACUGAUCUUCUCCCCGACUCGGCCCGUGUCGCGUCGCCGCACGCGUGCGGCCAGACUAGCGACGUGGUGGCAGGUCCACGAGACGGUCUCCCUCCGCUUGCCCCCGCCUCGAGCCCUCGACUUCUCCCCUUCGUCUGCCUCACCGUAUCCCCGGCGGGCUCCGGUGCCGGCGACCAGCCGUUCCCGCUCGCCCUCAGCCUCGACGCCGCAACCGAGGCCCCCCGCGGCGCCAAGCCGAUGUUCCACGCGCAGCCAAAGCUAGGCGAGAGAGCCAUGGUGCCGCGGCCAAAGGUGCGGGCACGCUGUGGACAGGCGACAGAUUCCUACAGUAUCGCUGAGAGGCAGCAGAGGCUGCCGGAGUGGAAAGUGGGUGGUAGCUUCAUGAGCGCCAGCUCCAGAUUCAGUGGCAGCGUGGGCUUCGACGACGAUAACGGCCUUGCCACCUGCCGCGUGUUUUUUUUGGUUCUGGGUUGUAGAUCUCUAGUUCAGGGUGGAGGAGAAGGGCGGGAGCUGCAGCGGCAGUGCCGGGACGGACCAGCUGCCCAACACACCGCGCUCAAAGCACUCUGCCACCGAGCAGCUGUCACGCCCCGUUUUUCAGAAGAAUCAUCACGUGCAAUCUACAUGUACGUUAGAACCAGUUUUAUUAUACAUAUAAUGAUAUAUAAUUCUAUAUCGAACAAAACAAUUUUAUUGAAAUAAAUACUAGAGUUUACU